GAUCACGUGCAGGUCCUGUCACGUGACGUCAGGUCACGUGAGGCCGAUCACGCCCUGGGCAGCUUGGCUGGGGCUAGGCUUCCGGUGCUCUGCAGUCCUCGGCGCGUGCGGGCAGCGUCGGAGCCCACCGAGCCUGGCGGCUGGGAUGAUGAACCGGACCACCCCCGACCAGGAGCUGGCGCCGGCGUCGGAGCCCGUGUGGGAGCGGCCGUGGUCGGUGGAGGAGAUCCGCAGGAGUAGCCAGAGCUGGUCGCUGGCGGCCGACGCGGGCCUACUACAGUUUCUACAGGAAUUUUCACAGCAAACUAUCUCUAGGACCCAUGAAAUCAAGAAACAAGUGGACGGACUAAUUCGGGAAACCAAAGCCACAGAUUGUCGCCUGCAUAAUGUCUUCAAUGACUUCCUUAUGCUCUCUAAUACCCAGUUCAUUGAGAAUCGUGUAUACGAUGAAGAAGUGGAGGAGCCAGUACUCAAGGCUGAGGCAGAAAAAACAGAGCAGGAGAAGACUCGAGAGCAGAAAGAAGUAGAUCUCAUUCCUAAAGUCCAGGAGGCUGUGAACUAUGGCUUACAAGUAUUGGACAGUGCCUUUGAGCAACUUGAUAUCAAAGCAGGAAACUCAGACUCUGAGGAAGAUGAUGCUAAUGGGCGGGUGGAACUGAUCCUUGAACCAAAGGAUCUAUACAUUGAUCGUCCUUUACCAUAUCUCAUUGGGUCAAAGCUGUUCAUGGAACAAGAAGAUGUAGGUCUUGGAGAGCUGUCCAGUGAAGAAGGCUCUGUAGGCAGUGAUCGUGGCAGUAUUGUGGACACUGAGGAAGAGAAAGAAGAGGAGGAGUCAGACGAAGAUUUUGCCCAUCACAGUGACAAUGAUCAAAACCGGCACACCACACAAAUGAGUGAUGAGGAAGAAGAUGAUGAUGGCUGUGACCUUUUCGCUGACUCUGAGAAGGAGGAGGAAGAUAUUGAGGACAUUGAAGAAAAUACUAGACCUAAAAGAAGCAGACCUACAUCGUUUGCAGAUGAGCUGGCUGCCCGCAUCAAGGGUGAUGCCUUGGGCCGAGUCAACGAGGAGCCCACAAAUGAAGAGGAUAACUUAUUCGCACCCCCCAAGCUGACCGACGAGGACUUCUCGCCGUUUGGCUCUGGAGGCGGCCUGUUCAGUGGGGGCAAGGGGCUCUUUGAUGAUGAGGACGAGGAGAGUGACCUCUUCACGGAAGCCCCGCAGGAUCGGCAAGCUGGAGCCUCUGUUAAGGAGGAGUCUUCGUUAUCCAAACCUGGAAAGAAAAUCCCAGCAGGAGCUGUUUCUGUAUUUUUAGGAGACAUGGAUGUGUUUGGUGCUGCCUCCGUUCCAUCACUGAAGGAGCCACAGAAGCCUGAGCAGCCCACUCCAAGGAAAAGCCCCUACGUUCCCCCUCCCACUGGCCUCUUUGAUGAUGAGGAUGGUGAUGAUGAUGAUGACUUUUUCUCGACACCCCGCAGCAAACCUUCCAAAACAGGCAAAGUCCAAUCCACUGCCGAUAUCUUUGGUGACGAUGAAGGAGAUCUGUUCAAAGAAAAAGCCGUAGCAUUGCCAGAAGCCACUGUGAGUCAGACAGAUGAAAAUAAAGCAAGAGCAGAAAACAAGGUUACCUUACCUUCCAGCAAAAAUCUCAAGCCCUCGUCAGAAACAAAGACUCAAAAAGGCUUAUUUUCAGAUGAGGAGGACUCUGAGGAUUUGUUUUCUUCUCAAAGUGCGAGUAAGUUAAAAGGUGCAUCUCUGCUGCCUGGCAAGCUCCCCACGUCGGUUUCCCUGUUUGAUGAUGAAGAUGAAGAGGAUAAUCUUUUUGGGGGUACAGCAGCUAAGAAGCAGACAUUGUCUCUACAAGCUCAGAGAGAAGAGAAAGCAAAACCCUCCGAGCUCUCCAAAAAGAAAGCAUCUGCCCUGUUGUUCAGCAGUGAUGAGGAGGACCAGUGGAAUAUUCCUGCUUCACAGACCCACUCAGCAUCUGACAGCAGGUCUAAAGGAGAACCCAGGGAUUCUGGGACCCUCCAGAGCCAGGAGGCCAAGGCUGUGAAAAAGACCAGUCUCUUUGAGGAAGACGAAGAUGAUGAUCUUUUUGCCAUUGCCAAGGACAGGAAUGCUUUCUCUGCUCCAGAUACAUCCUACCUCCUAUUGUUCCCAAAGUUGUCUGUCAAGUUUUGUGUAUGGAAAAUAAUUCAUACUUUCAUCAGAUCUCAAAAGAAGCCUUAUACACACAAGAAGAAGUUGAGCCAAAAGAAGACCCAGAGAGUGUCACUCCUCUUUGAAGACGAUGCUGAUAGCGGAGGCUCUCUGUUUGGCUCUCCUCCCACAUCUGUUCCUCCUGCAACAACGAAAAAAGAGACUGUCUCUGAGGCACCACCUUUGCUGUUCAGCGAUGAAGAAGAGAAGGAGGCACAACUUGGAGUGAAGCCUGUGGAUAAGAAGGUUGAGAGUGCCAAGGAGUCAUUAAAAUUUGGGAGAACUGAUGUGGCUGAGUCUGAAAAGGAAGGACUUUUGACUAGAUCUGCUCAGGAAGCAGUCAAGCAUUCUGAUUUAUUUUCUUCAUCAUCCCCAUUGGACAAAGGAACCAAGCCUAGAACCAAAACUGUUCUUAGCUUGUUUGAUGAGGAAGAGGAUAAAAUGGAAGAUCAAAACACUAUCCAGGCUCCACAGAAAGAAGUAGGAAAGCGCCGUGAUCCUGAUGCCCGCCCCAAGAGCACAGGUGUCUUCCAGGAUGAAGAGCUGCUUUUCAGCCACAAGCUCCAAAAGGACAAUGACCCAGAUGUUGACCUUUUUGCUGGCACCAAAAAAACCAAGCUGUUAGAGCCAAGUGUUGGGAGCCUGUUUGGGGAUGAUGAAGAUGAUGAUCUUUUCAGCUCUGCCAAGUCCCAGCCUUUGGUACAAGAGAAAAAGAGAGUAGUGAAAAAAGACCACUCUGUUGACUCUUUCAAAAACCAGAAACAUCCUGAAUCCAUUCAAGGUAGUAAAGAAAAAGGCAUAUGGAAGCCGGAAACACCUCAGGACUCAUCAGGUCUCGCUCCAUUUAAAACCAAAGAACCAUCCACUCGGAUCGGGAAGAUACAAGCAAGUUUAGCGAUCAACCCAGCGGCCUUGCUGCCCACAGCGGCUUCCCAGAUCUCCGAAGUAAAGCCUGUUUUGCCGGAAUUGGCUUUUCCUUCAUCUGAACACAGAAGGAGCCACGGUCUGGAAAGUGUGCCUGUCCUUCCCAGGAGUGGGGAGGCCGGUGUGAGUUUUGAUCUUCCAGCUCAGGCAGACACCUUACACAGUGCAAACAAGAGCCGUGUCAAGAUGAGAGGGAAGCGUAGACCGCAGACCCGUGCAGCUAGGCGGCUGGCUGCUCAGGAGUCCAGCGAGGCUGAGGACAUGAGUGUCCCCAGAGGACCCAUUGCACAGUGGGCUGAUGGCGCCAUUUCCCCUGAUGGCCAUCGGCCACAGCUCAGAGCAGCCAGUGGAGAAGACAGCACUGAGGAGGCCCUGGCAGCUGCCGCUGCACCUUGGGAAGGUGGUCCUGUGCCUGGAGUGGACAGAAGCCCCUUUGCAAAGUCUCUGGGUCAUUCCAGAGGGGAGGCUGACCUUUUUGAUUCUGGGGACAUCUUUUCCACAGGCACUGGAUCUCAGUCCGUGGAGAGAACAAAACCCAAGGCAAAGAUAGCAGAGAAUCCUGCCAACCCACCAGUGGGUGGUAAAGCAAAGAGCCCCAUGAUUCCUGCUCUAGGCGAGGCCAGCAGUGAUGAUGAUCUCUUUCAGUCUGCUAAACCAAAACCAGCAAAGAAAACAAAUCCCUUUCCUCUCCUGGAAGAUGAGGAUGACCUCUUUACAGAUCAGAAAGUCAAGAAGAAUGAGACAAAAUCCAAUAGUCGACAGGAUGUCACAUCAACAACACAAGAUAUUUUUGAGGAUGAUAUAUUUGCUACGGAAGCAAUGAAACCCUCUCAGAAAACCAGAGAGAAGGAGAAAACAUUGGAAUCUAAUUUAUUUGAUGAUAACAUUGAUAUCUUUGCUGACUUAACUGUAAAACCAAAAGAAAAGUCCAAAAAGAAAGUGGAAGCCAAGUCUAUAUUUGAUGAUGAUAUGGAUGACAUCUUCUCCUCUGGUAUCCAGGCUAAGACAACCAAACCAAAAAGCCGAUCUGCACAGGCCGCACCUGAACCAAGAUUUGAACACAAGAUGUCCAACAUCUUUGAUGAUCCCCUGAAUGCCUUUGGAGGCCAGUAGAGCACACAGGGUAUCCACAUGUUACCCUGCAGCUACAUUGUUGAGUUAGUGAUGAUGUCGUGUAUGCUCAUGGUCUUAACUAGAUUACAAAAAGCAAAUACUAGAACAGCUAGCUCAUCUUUUACCCAAUGUACUUAGUAUUUUUCUGCACUGGUUUAAUCAUGCUUAAUACUAUAAAACAAAAAUAAAUAUUUCACAGUGGUUGGUUUGUUUUGUUUUUAAACUGCAGUUUGAUUUAGUUAGCCUUGCUGGGGCCAUAAUAUGCUUCAGGGUGUGUAAAAGACUAAAUCUCUCCUUGUGGCUUUCAUGGGUAGGCAGGGAAUCUCAGAGGUAGCAAAUGCCACCUGACCAGAAGUCUUUGUUAUAUGGAUGGGAACCCUAACUUAGGGCCUGGGCAGGGGAAAGAGAAAGAAGAUGAGAGUUUAUGGGAGCAGGUUUUCACUGAAUUCUGAGGGUGCCUCUGCAUGUCCUCCAAGGCAAAGUUUGGCUAGCUAUGGCCCUUCCACUGUCAUAUUUUGUUAAUAAAAUUUUAUUGGAACACAA